CGCUCAAUAAAGGGCGCUAGUGUCUGUCAAGUGUCACAGCCGUUCCCUGUCUCCUCAGUAUUGUGACUUAAAUCGGUGAUUUAAUUAGGAAUAACCGUAUUUUUUUCUAGAAUUUGUGCAAACUUUAAGCAAUAAUGACCGACAAGAAAGCAUAUCCCGUGGCACCACAUCCUCCAACAGGUUUUGUUCCGGCCCCAGCUCAACCUGCUACUUAUGGUGUUGCAGGUGCAGCACCAUAUGGAGUGUUUCCAAAUCAACCUCAAUUAUAUGCAGCACAAGGACCACCGCAGCCAACAUAUGAUCAGACUCUCACACAUCCUAUGAUGUAUCAACCAAUGUAUGGCCAAGGUUAUCCUGGUGGAUAUUUGGCAGGUUAUCCUACUGCGUAUGGUCCAUUGCAAUACUAUCCACCAUUAGCUGCAGCUGCAGCAUAUUAUCCAGCAGCUGCAAUGCAACCGGCACCAGUUAGGCCCACGAUCAUGGUACCCAAUGGAUUCGAUGGCACUCGAUUCGAUGGUAUCUCACAGCCUGUUUUACCACCACCACCACCAGGCGUUGCUGCGAAUGCUGCACAAUUAGCUGCAAUGGCUGGUCAUAGUGUGGCCUUGUCGCAAAAGAAAGGCUCGUUCCUAGGAGGAGGAACGGAGGGCGGUUACACCUUUUGGUAAACCUCUAUAACUUUUGUGAAACACUAAGUCUAUCGAAGACAUAAUUGUCAAGAUGAUCCAUGUAGGCAAAUCUGAUUUGUGUUAGAGCUCUAAACUAUUUUCUCAUUGGGAGCAGCUAUGAACUUAGUAUACUAAUUACACGGACCGAUUGUAUGCAAUAAUUUAACGCGAAUAGAGAAAUACUUUAAUGAGAAGCAAAUAACAUCAUUAAUUAAUAAUAUACAAAUAGCGUGUUGUGAUUGUGAUCUCAGAGUAAUCGUCAACGAUCGAUCCGUGUACUGUAUAUAUAAAAAUUACAGUAAAAUUAAUUAAAUACUAUAUAAAAGGAAGACUCGUGCGAAAUUCAACACAGAUAAGGCAAAUCAUUGAGAUUUUUAAUGAAUAUUAAAAAUCGACGAAAAUCAAGCUGAUAUUUUACGAAAUAUUUCUAUAUAAUUACUUUUAUUUGCUAUUAAAAAAACUACCUAAACUUAUAAUUAAUAUUAAAUAAAAAUUAAACGAUGCGUCGUUGAAAAGUUCGACAUGAAGCGAUCGAGCAAAAGAUUACCGUUUUACUUUGAAAUCUUUUAUCUUAUAAAGAAUAUUUAAAUAAAGACGCACAUGUUAACUAUGUGAAAUACUCUUAAAAAUUUACAAAUAAUAUAUGAAAUAUCUCUUAAUCUUAAUUUUCUCGAUCGCAUCGAAUUAUAUAAUACAUUUGCACUGGCGCACGAGAUAUUCCAAAUGUUUAUUUCUAUUUUUCCUUUUUUAUUUUUUAUUUAAAUAAGAAAGUGAAUCGCGUAAAGAAAAUAAGAGAAAGAGAGAGUAGGGAACACGGUGUUCUUCUUUUUAGAGUUAUUGAAUGAAUACGUGCACACAGCGGAUGCGAAUUGUCUCAUUCGCCUACAGGGAUCGAUAUUCAAAGUGUGUUCGAAGCCUUUUUUAAACGCGACUUGGUUUCCUGCAAGAAUUACAGGAGAGCAAAACGGGGGCUACUCGUAUGAUUUCCGUUAUUUUUCACGACCGGUUUUGCGAUCAUUCUUACUGGAGUUCUAUCCACGAACGUCAGUGAGAUCUCAAUCAUUUUUGCAAAGUAAACUUGUCGAUACUUUGCGAAAAAUUGUUGAGUGGCCCUGAUGUGUUUAGAGGAAAAUACCUAAGUGAUAUAUAAGAGCGUAAAUAAACGGAAUGCGUGAGAAUCGUUCGUGAUUGUAACAUCGGUGUACUAUUAUGAUACUGAAAGUCUUUUUUUUCAUAUACUUUACUUUUGUUUAUCCUCCUUUCGUUUUUUUACGAAGUACUAUUCUUAUUCUUUUCGAUUCUUCAUCAUUAUGUCGCGUAAAUAAUGUAAUCGAUUUUUGGAAUGUAUUACGACGAACGUGUAAGCCCGAGGCUCGAGUGCCAAAAAAGAAAACAGACGAUAAUUAAGCGAUCGUAGAUUCUCGCGUAUUCGACUACAUAGAUACUUACUACUCUACGUAAAAUUACGCACUCUAUUCUUUAAAAAUCAGUAGGAAGUCCUUUCCCUCUAGUUUUUUUUUUUUUUUUUUUUUUUUCAUAUUUCUUUAUUAUUAUUUUUUUCUUUUUAAACUUAUUAUUUAAAUGAAAAACGAAAGUUUUGUCCGCGGCGCUCGGAUUUAUUCGUACUGGCCAAAAAGCUUUUGUUGAAAGAGUUACCAUGAAAAAAAAAAAUAAUAUAUAUACGAGGAGAUAAUUCAGAUCAUUCUCUACACUUGAAAACAUUUGUCUUCAAUCAGAACAAAGAGAGUAGUAAUAAAAAAAAGUAUAAUAAGAAAUAAGGAAGGAUAAAUAUGUAAUUUACUGUCGACAAUCUUACUGUCUAUUUCUUUCUUUUUCUAUAAAUAAUAUGUACACACAGGAGACGCAAACACACACACAUACACACAUAAUAAAUAGCAUGGCAACUGUUUUUGACGAAAGCUCGCGAAGUUGUAACAGAUUAGUUGUCUCAGCAUUUCAAAGUACAAAUCGAACGCGCGUGGAUGCAGACGAAAAAAAUACCCAACGACGUGGUCAAGCCUCUCGAAGUCAGCCAUAUUAGGCGAGUGUCGCAAUUUAUUAUGUCGGUAGCGAUGCAGUAAAUUCGUACUGUCGAAAGAAUGUUAUAAAUUAAUGACGCUAGAUAUUCGAAAAAAUAAAAGAAAGAACGAGAAAAGAAGAAAUUCGAGUGCAAAAAAAAACAAAAACAAGAAAAAUAAUUUUUUUUAAAUCUUUGAUGAUACGUUUCUUUUUUUUGUGAAAAUGACAAAAAAAAAAAAGAUAGACGAAAGAGAUUUUCAGGAGAUUGUAGAAGACAAUGGCAGUCACGCAGGACUACGAAAUGACUGCUUAGCUCCGCGAUAAUAGCGUAUAGUAAACGGUGUGGGCUUGCUGAAAGGACUCCGCGUGUUCCAUCUGCAGGCACACAAUUAAACACGAUAUUAAUUAACCAAUGAAGAUCGAAGGAGCUAAUUUACAAUCGGUCGGUGAUAGCUUAGGAUAGGACCAAAAGAUACAGUUCUAUUUAGACAUUUUUGAAAUCGGUAUUCCGACAAACUUGACCAGUACUCUCAUUACGUUUCACAGUGGACUUUUACGAAAAUAAUAAACAUUGAUGAAAGGGAUCUAAACGUCGUGGAUUGUUUUCGUAUCGCAAAUUUAAAAAAAAAAAGGACAAAAACUAACAACAAAAACAAGAAAAGAAAACACUUAUAAUGAAUUGUUCGAUCUUAACAGUGUGAACAUUUUCCUCCCGCGCUUAAAUAUAAAUCUCUUAUAAUAAUCACAUUAGAGAGAAAAAAGAAUAUUUACAAACGAAGACUUUAAAGUUAAUCUUCUUAAAUUUUGAAUCCCUAAACAGACCCGCGAUAAAGAAAAACUAUCUACGAUCGUUAAAUCAGCACACAUGUAUCUUUAUGUUUUCGUUACUGCACAUAUUGACGUUCAAUGUGAUAUAUGAAAUAACCAUAAAUUCAUUUUAUCUUCGCAGAAUUUAUGAUCAGACGAUUUUUUGUUCGAAUUGUAAUAAAAACGAAGAACAAAAACAAUUUAGAUUUUCUUUCUGUACGAUCGAGAUCGGUAUUUAAUGUACCAUUGCUAAAAAGAGUACAUACUUAUUCGUGGCUGGCUAAAUUUAUUCAAACAAAACUAUAAAAGAAAGUUUGAAUUUCUUUUAUAUCUUUCUAUUAUUUUCUUCUUUAAUAGACGUACCUAGGGGAAAUUAAAAAAUAAAAAAAAAAAAUAAAGAAAAAAAUAAAGAAAUAAAUAAAAAAAAUAAAUAAAAAAGAAAAAAAAGAGAACAGAUAAACUCUGAGAUGUGACUAGCGUUUAACGAAGAGAAAAUGCAUAAUUUCAAUGAGACACUGAAAAGAAAAAUCUAGUCCGAAGAGUCUGAUUGAUUAGGGAUCUGACUGAGAAAUGAAAUUUUAUUCAGUAGAUCUUUAUCUCAAUCGGUACAAUAAUAGGGUGCGAAAUAAAUAACGCAACAUUCACUUAUAAUACUUUAUAUUUUCAGUAAUUAAAAAUUUGAUAGUUUCCAAAACUCAUUCCAUUCCACUACGCGAUAUUAAAAUAUGUUUAAAAUGUAGACGUACACGCACUCAAAUCGCGUGCACGCACACCAACAUAACACAAUAAUUGCAUUUGGUAUAACUAAAAUAAAUAAAUAAAAAUGAAUAUACGUACGUGUACGAUAGAGAAUAUUCACGUCACUAUCGUUAGAAAUAUGUGCGACAAGAUACUCUCGACGAACAUUUGUGUGUUGCAUAUCAGCGAAGAGUGCACGUCUUCGUUCCUAAUCAACAUUGCGCAAUAAUGAUGCACUAUGCCUCUCACAGCCUUUCUCAGGUUGAAGUAAAAAAAGAACCGAACAGCUUAAUUUAAUGUACGAGUAUAUUAUCGAAUAGAUAUUAAACAUGCAA